UAAUGAGGGCCUAAUUUCUGCAUAAUGUAAAUACGCCUUUUUUUUUAAUAUAUAUUUUUGAUAACUAAAGUAAAAAAAAGUCGUUUACAGAUCUCCAAUUGGAUACCUGGUAUCAUCUCAUUGUAUUAUGUAUUAAUGUAUGUAUUUAUUUGAACACUAUUAAAUUAUUUGAGUGCCUCCUUCCUUUGACUGGUGUUUACUUUCUGUUUAAGCGCCUAUCGAUCGCUGCGCAUGCGCUGUAGCUUUACCUCACUGUUUCCGUCAACAUCACUUUUGUGUUUACUUCCCUUUGAAACCUGUUUGAAACCCUCAAUGUUUUCAACCGAUAUUUCUUGUUCAAAUGAGGGGCGGACAUCCAUAUCUGGUUGUAGUAGUGACCGUUUCCACUCUCCUCUUUCCGCUGUGUGUGAGCUCGGGUGAAACGGAGAAUAAGUUGAAUGUCUCUGCAGAAGAUUUCGACUCGUUCACAGAGAAGUUUCACCGCUUUUAUAAAGUCAACAGCGAGGAGUUUAAAAGUCGUCAUCUUAAUGUCCAGAACUCAACAAAGCGUCAUGCAUACCUGAACUCAUUCUCCAGUCAGUCUGCAGAAUAUGGCAUUAACCGGUUCUCCGACUUUUCUCAGAAGGAAUUCAGAGAUCUCUUCCUGCGAGCACAUGCUGACAGAGCGCCUCUCUUCUCUGGACUGAAGACAGAAGGUCUCCCUGCCAAAUUUGACUGGAGGGACAAAGCGGUGGUGGCCCCGGUCCAGAACCAAGAAGCAUGUGGGAGUUGUUGGGCCUUCAGCGUGGUCGGUGCCAUACAAUCGGUCCACGCCAUAGGAGGCUCUCAGCUGCAGCAGCUCAGUGUGCAGCAGGUUCUCGACUGCUCCUUCAGAAAUAAAGGAUGCAAUGGAGGAUCCACAUAUCAGGCCCUGGAUUGGUUGAAGCAGACCCGAGUGAAGUUGGUGCCUCAGUCAGAGUAUCCCUACAAGGCCGAGACAGGCAUCUGCCAUUUCUUCUCUCAGUCACAUGGCGGUGUUUCUGUGAAGAACUUCACUGCACAUGACUUCAGUGGUCAGGAGGAGGCGAUGAUGGGUCAGCUGGUGGAGCGGGGGCCCUUGGCUGUGGUCGUGGAUGCUGUCAGUUGGCAGGACUACCUCGGUGGAGUCAUCCAACACCACUGCUCCAGCCAGCACUCUAACCAUGCUGUCCUGCUGGUUGGAUACAACACUGGGAUGUUCCACACUGGAUUGUACAAAACUCCUGGGGAACCGCAUGGGGGAACGAGGGUUAUGUGUAUAUAAAAAUUGGUGGAAACGUUUGUGGUAAGUAUUAUCUUUGACUCUUGUCAUUUCCAGUUUAUAUCUUCUUUUAGUUUGUUCUAUAUCUGUGUGUUGCUGUGAC